UUUAAUAAUAAAAAUUACUAGUCUAUAAUUUGUCCCAUAAUGAAAGAUUUUACUAAAAAUUUUAACUUUAAAACUUAAAUUUUUUGGAAACCUGUUAAUAUUUACUUUUGUUGUUAUUAAAAGUGCUAUGGAAUCAUGAAGAUUAUUUGAAUUGAAUAAAAAUUAAUAGGGCAGUCAACCGAUUUAUCUAAUUUACGUCAUAACAUUACAAUAAAAGGAUACUGAAGUAAAAAUGGCCAAACCAGAAUUUCAAUAUUUGCAAGUAAGUGAGAAGGAAGGUGAAGAAGCUAUCGAACUGCCAAUUGAAGAAGAUGGAACCUUAUUAUUGACGACAUUAGUUGGACAAUAUCCAGGCACCACCGGAUUAAAAUAUCGAAACCCAACAACAAAAACAAUACGUGGUAUUAGGCUAGUUGAUGGACGACUUCAACCCCCAGAAGAUGGUUGGGGUGAUACUAUAUACUAUUGCUCAUUUUCAAAAGAUAAUAAAAGAAAAUUAGAUGAUGUACCUGAAAAUUCACCGACAAAGACAAGACGCGUUGAAUCAAAACGGAAAUGUACUGAUUUAAUAGUACUUGGAUUACCAUACAGAUUUAAUGAUGAGAAUUUACGUAAAUAUUUCGAAGAAUUUGGAGAAGUUUUAAUUGCUCAAAUGAAGCAAGACCCGAAAACUGGCCAAUCAAAAGGUUUUGGAUUUAUUCAUUUCAGUUCGUACGAAGUACAAGAGCGGGUGUUAGAAAUGCAACAUUUGAUUGACGGGCGAUGGUGUAAUGUUAAAAUUCCAGAUUCCAAGAUGUAUACAAAAGAAAAUAAAGGGUAUUCAGACGGUGAACGAAAAGGUAGAUGUUCUGAUUUAAUAGUACUUGGUUUGCCAUACAAAUUUAAUGAUGAAGAUUUACGUGAAUAUUUCGAAGAAUUUGGAGAUGUUACAAGUGCCCAAACAAAAACGGAUAAAAAAACAGGCCAAUCCAAAGGUUUUGGAUUUGUCCGUUUCAGUUCAUAUGAAGCGCAAAAGCGAGUGUUAGCGAUGCGACAUAUGAUUGGUGGACGGUGGUGUAAUGUUAAAAUUCCACAUUCCAGGAUGUGAUCGUCUCUUUUGGGAGACGAAGGACUUUUUUAUGUUAAUGCCGAAAUAAAUUAUUUUCAUCAAACGGUGGAUUAUAAAUAACAGGAAAAAUGUGCUAAUAUCUCCACUAUGUCAUAUAGAAAAUAUAUCGGUUUAUAUAUUUUGAUUUUCUUGCACAACGAUACGUCAAACAAUUUACUAGUACACAUUCACUCAGAAAAAAUAGAAGGCUAUGCGCAAAAAAAUUAGAAGGGUGGAAGAACCAUAACAAAAAUAAAUAUAUAUAAUGAGAGACAAUAAACUCUAUGAAACUUUUCACUGGAGGCAUUUUUAAGUUUUUUUUUUGGGUUUCCAGCUCUUUCAACCAAAAAAUUCACGAAUUACAAUUUUAUUUAUCAAAAUGUUAGGGCUCAUAUAAACUUAUAUGAAAUUCAUUAAUGCUUCUCAAAUUAUUGGUUC